AUGGAUUCAAGGCUGUACAAAGUUGCAAAAUCAGGCAACAUUCAUUUUCUCUUACACCUUCUCAAUGAAAAUCCUAGCCUGCUUACAAAACUUACUCCACAAGGGAACACACCACUCCAUAUUGCUGUGCAAUUUGGACAUAAAGGAGUUGUUGUUGAAAUCUAUAAUAGAUGCAGGUCUCUGCUUACGAGGCUGAAUUCCAAUGGAGACAGUCCUCUACAUGUUGCUGCAAGGUGUGGACACUUCUCUAUUGUUGAUUUUCUGGUGAAAGAGGUCGUAUCUGCAAAAAGGAGAAGUACUCAAAAUGAAAAAACUGGCAAGUUUGACGUACUGAGGCAGGGAAAUAAGGACAACAAUACAAUUUUACAUGAGGCUGUUAUGAAUGGUAAUAUCAGUGUUGUGCAGUUGUUGCUAAGGGUUGAUCCUGAGUUGGCUCGUUUUGAAAAUUAUGCUGGCGAGUCUCCGUUGUUUCUUGCCUCUAGAGAAGGGAAGAAGGAUAUUUUGGAUCAGAUUCUGAUAUCAACUCCAUCUUCAGCUCAUGGAGGAUUAGAGGGCCAAACUGCUUUGCAUGCUGCUGUGAUAGAGAGGCAUUCAGAUAUCAUGGAAAUCCUCCUGAGAGAAAAACCACAACUCAUCAGAGAAGCUGACCAUCAUCUCAGGACGCCACUCUAUUAUGCUGCAUCCCUUGGAGACCACAAGGCGGUUGAAAGAUUGCUGGAAUUUGAUACCUGUAUCGCGUAUGCAUUGGAUAGAGAUGGUCGUUCAGCACUUCAUGUUGCAGCUAAGAACGGUCAUGCCAAAGUAGUAGAAAGAAUUAUUUACUACUGCCCCGAUUCUGGAGAACUUCUGGACCUAAAUGGCAGGAGCGUUCUUCAUUUUGCCGUUCUUAGUGGGAAAGUAAAUGUGGUUAGAUGUGUGCUGGAAACGGCUGAACUACAAUGUCUCGUAAAUCAAGCGGACAAUGGUGGGAACACACCGUUGCAUUUGGCUGCUAUUGAAAAACAAACAUGGAUCAUGCGGUGCUUGAUAUGGGAUGAAAGAGUGGAUCAAAGAGCCAGAAAUAAUAUAAUCACAAGCAUAUGGAGGAAACUUAGCUCCGUAUCUAAUGGAAUCACCAAGAAAAAGAAUCCCCCAUAUUGUACAGACCACGAAGCUAUUGCAAGGACUCAAACUUACAAGCGAAUGGGUCAUACCCUCUUAAUGGUAGCAACACUAAUAGCAACAGUAACAUUUGCAGCAGCUUUCACACUGCCUGGUGGCUUUGACAACAAUCUUGGCCCCAGGCAAGGCGUAGCACUACUGGAGUCAAGCAAACCUCUAAAAUGGUUCAUUAUCUCGGACGCGAUUGCCAUGGCCAGCUCCAUAAUUGCAGCUUGCAUAAUAUUUUUGGGAGUUGUUACUAACGACGAGUCCUAUGUUUACUACUUGGCAAGUGCGACGCUGCUAACUUGUAUAGCGCUUCAAUCAGCAGCUACAGCAUUCCUAUCAGGAAUUGUUGCUGCUUUGCCUGACCAGCCUUUUGUUGACAGUGUAACUUAUAUAGUGGGGAUUGCUUUUCAUGUUUGUACCUUCUUGUUUCUUCUCCAAUUAGCGCACAUUUUUCUUGUUUCUGAAAUCUGCCAGUUCUUGAUUUUUCGUUUCUGGAAGAUGAAGUCCAAGAUCAAUAAAUGA